AUGGCAGUAUCUCCCACCGCUUGUUUUUGUCCAAGGGCAGAAAUGAGCAUCCUGGAAACCAAUCAGUACUUGCGCUCUGAACUGGAAAAGUGCAAAGAGAACUUCUGAGACCUCACAGAGAAAUUCCUGACAACCAAAGCUACUGCCUACUCCCUGGCCAAUCGCCUGCAGAAAUAUAAGUGUGAAGAGUGCAAAGACCUUAUAGAAUCUGUGCUGGAGGAGGAGCUGCAGUUUCAGGAGAGGGAGCUGGCGAAAUUGCCGAGGCCAGCUGCAAGGCUCCGGAUACAUGAUCCCUUAAUUCAGGCUCAGGCUGAAGAACUGACCCACUUACGACAGAAGAUACAGGAAGGGAGAGGUGUCUGCUACCUUUUCAUCCAGCAUGUGAAGAACACAGUCAAGUCUUUUGAGGGCCUUCUCAGGAACACUGGCAUUGCCUACUACCAGAGACAGAGAUUCUGUGAGCAACUGGUACAAGGAAGCCAGCUGACAGAGAUCCUUAUCAGAAAAGUUGCCACAGAAAAUCACAACGGUAAGAAAAAUGAAGACAGGCAAAAGCCACUGGCUCCCAGCUGCCAUGACUCCCACCAGCUUCCCAGCAGCAAUGCCUUCCUCUUUGAUGCACAGGAAGACCCCUCUGCUGUGGAUAUAGCCAAAGAUGAGAUCCAGAGCCAGCGGCAGCACCUGAAGGAGACCCUUUUCAUCAACAACUGCCUGUGAGAAAAGCUUGAACGUCAGCAGCUUUGAUGAAGAAAAUGGUAGGAGAGGCCCAAGUCGGCCUGCUUCUGGCAGAUGCACCUCUAACCUCUACAGGCAGAUCAUAGAUUCCAUUGUCCAGCUGUAUAAUGAAAACAGAGUUCUCAGAGAAGAAUACCCGAGACUCCCCCGACUUGCCUGAAUCAAAUUUCCAGAGGUAACAACUAAUGUUGGAACUAUGGAAAGCUCUUCUCUACUUUUAACAAAGCUUAGUCACAAACAGUUCCCCAGUUGAUGAGAAAAACUAAAACAGCAGAACAAUUGAAAGUCCAAAUCUGAAAGCUCCAUCUCUGAGAAGCAAAUUUUACAGCCACUCCAGAUUUGUAUUCCAAAUGGAUAGUUUGAUUGUAGAAAUCACAUCCCUUCAGCCUGCAAAUGUGAUAACUGCCCUAGGCAUCUAGACAGUGAUGCCUAGAUCCAUAGAUAAUCCCCUUUCCCCCAACCUAUAUAUAACUGGAGUCAACAGCAGCUAGAGAAAAAUGGCAAGGACUUGGAAUCAAGAUUAAGUUAGAAUAACACUGCUGUAGACUGUUUAUCAGCUCUUCAGCAUAUGUCCAUUUUCCUUGAAGAAUGAGCAUUUAGAAACCUCUGUCAAUAAAGUUUAUUUUACACAC